AAUUCUUUAUUGCCAUGUGCCAAAUUCAUAUAUGCAACUCUAUGUCCAUCAAUAUUUUUACGGCCGAACAUUAUUUCGGCGGGAAGUGUAUAGUUGAGGAUGUCAAGCCCAAUGCGACCUCCGCGUACUCCAACGCGUUCAGAAUCAAGAACACCUAGACGUCAAGUAGUUAGAUCAUCUCCAAGUAGUAGAAGCUCACCCAGUGUACCCGGGGCACAAAAUGCAACAACGCCAAGUCAAAACGGCACACCAAGUCGAAACGGCACACCAAGUCGAAACGGCACACCAAAUCAAAAUGGUACACCAAGUCAAAGCGGCACACCAACUAGGCGAGGAAUACCAAAUGAUUCGUCCGAUACUCCACUUAGAUGGGGAGUUAAUCGCAGAGCCCAAGAAACAAUUGUGGCUUCUUCAGAAGGACCAUCAUCCAGUGCUCCAGUCUCUUCGCCUAAUCAACUUUUGAUGACAAGUCCACUUCCCCAAGGAAUGACGGAAAUUGAUUUAUCUUCUCCUUUAAAUUAUGGCACUCCAAGCUCUCUUGGAUCUGUUCGAACACCUAGAAGUGGCAUUCGUGGAACACCUAUUCGUCAAAGAUCAGAUAUUAGGACUGAUAAAAGAAUGAGGCAGGUUAAUGUUAUAUCUGAACCAACGAUUCCAGAAGAGUCGGGUGUAGCUGGAUUGGUUACUUCAUCGGAAAGCGAAAAUUUAGCUGGUCCUCAGCUUGUUGUAUGGGGAACGAAUGUUGUAAUUAACCGUUGUAAAGAUCAGUUUAAAAGAUUUGUUCAGCGUUUCAUUGAUCCAGAAGCAGAAAAUGAUGAACUACCGGAAAAUAUGAAUGUAUCGGAACCAUUAUAUUUGCAGAAACUUCAUGAAAUUCAUACUUUAGAGGAACCCUAUAUGAAUAUCAAUUGUGCUCAUUUGCAAGUUUUUGAUGAGCAAUUGUAUAAGCAAUUAGUUUCAUAUCCCCAGGAAAUCAUACCAACUAUGGACAUGGCAGUAAAUGAAAUGUUUUUCGAGAAAUAUCCAGCUGCUGUGCUGGAUCAUCAAAUACAAAUAAGACCUUUCAAUGUUGCCAGAACAAAAAGCAUGCGUAUGCUUAAUCCUGAGGAUAUUGACCAAUUAAUAACUAUAUCGGGAAUGGUUAUUCGAACAUCUAAUGUUAUUCCUGAAAUGCGAGAAGCAUUCUUUAAAUGCAUCGUUUGUUCCCUCACAACUGUCGUGGAAAUUGAUAGAGGUCGUAUUAAUGAACCCACAGUUUGCACUAAUUGUAACAAUAAUUAUUGCUUCUCUUUGGUUCAUAAUCGCAGUCAUUAUUCCGAUAAACAAAUGGUUAAAUUGCAAGAGUCGCCGGAUGAUAUGCCUGCUGGACAAACACCGCAAACCAUUAUAUUAUUUGCCCAUAAUGACUUAGUCGAUGCAGUUUCAGCUGGUGAUAGAGUUAUUGUUACUGGAAUUUAUUGUGCAUCUCCAAUCCAAGUUGUCCCAAGAGCAUCUAAUAUACGUUCAGUGUACAAAACACAUAUCGAUGUUGUUCAUUACAGGAAGCAGGACUCUAAGAGAUUGUACGAUGUGGAAGAAGGAAAAGAACAUGCCUUUCCUCCAGAAAGAAUCGAACUUUUAAAGUUAUUAUCACGGAAAAAGGAUGUAUAUGAUCGACUUGCAAGAAACAUUGCGCCUAGUAUUUAUGAAAACGAGGACAUUAAGAAGGGCAUUCUUUUGCAAUUAUUUGGCGGUACAAAGAAAACACACAAUGCAUCUGGCAGGAGUCAUUUCCGAUCUGAAAUUAAUAUUUUACUCUGUGGAGAUCCUGGAACCAGUAAAUCACAAUUAUUACAAUUUGUUUAUAAUUUAGUACCUCGAUCUCAGUACAGCAGUGGAAAAGGUUCUAGUGCCGUUGGUUUAACUGCUUAUGUCACCAAGGAUCCAGAAACUCGACAAUUAGUUUUACAAACUGGAGCACUUGUUCUUGCCGAUAAUGGUAUUUGUUGUAUUGACGAAUUUGAUAAAAUGAAUGAUAGUACAAGAUCUAUGCUUCACGAAGUAAUGGAACAACAAACAUUAAGUAUAGCUAAAGCUGGAAUUAUUUGCCAGUUGAAUGCUAGAACUAGCAUUUUAGCUGCUGCUAACCCUUGUGAAUCACAAUGGAAUAAACAUAAAACGGUCGUGGAGAACGUCAUGCUGCCUCAUACACUCAUGUCUCGAUUCGAUUUAAUUUUUUUAAUGUUAGAUCCGCAAGAUGACUUGUUUGACAAAAGAUUGGCUCGACACUUAGUGUCAUUGUAUUAUCAAGCAGAGCCUGAAGAAGAAGAUGAUUUAAUCGACAUGAGUGUAUUACGCGAUUAUAUUGCAUUUGCUAAAGAACAUGUUCAUCCGGUACUUGGAGAAGAAGCUCAACAAAGAUUGGUUCAAGCUUAUGUUGAUAUGCGCCGUGUUGGCAGUGGUCGUGGACAAAUUACUGCUUAUCCACGUCAACUCGAAUCACUUAUUCGUCUUGCUGAAGCUCAUACUAAAGUACGACUUGGUAAAACCGUUGAAGUGGAAGAUGUAGAAGAAGCUUGGAGAUUACACCGUGAAGCUUUAAAACAAUCAGCGAUUGAUCCUCUCAGUGGUAAAAUUGAUGUUAGUAUUUUGACAACUGGUAUGUCUGGAUCUGCUAGACAACGUAGGCUUCAGUUGACAGAAUCAUUAAAAAAAUUAAUCGAAUCAAAGGGAAAAGUUCCUACAUUAAAUUAUCAAAAAUUGCUUGCCGAAUUUAAAGAAUCUUCAAAUAUUCUUGUAACUCGAGAUAUGUUUGAGGAUGCUUUAAAAAAUUUACAAGAUAAUAAGAUAAUCUUUGUUGUCAGCAAGAAUACAAUCAGAAUAUGUUCUUAAAAGAUUUAUCUACAGUAAAAAAUGUGCCUUAUGUAUAAUAUUCUUAAUUAAAAUAUCAUCACUUUUGUAUUAUUGACUA